AUGGCUGCCAGGGCUGCCAAGAACAAGCAGUCCUCUGAUUACGACGAUGACAGCGACAAUGGUGGUGACGACGACGACGACAACUAUGAAGAAGAACAGCAAAGAGAGAGGAAAAGAAGGACAAUGAUCUUUGGAAAUGAAGAUUCUGACGAAUCAAUCGUCGAAGCCAAGUCUUACCAGACCAAGAAGAAGCGUGGAGCUACUGGUGGAGGAAACAAAAAGAAAGCUGAUGGUGGACGCAGCCGCAAUGAAUCUCGUGCGGGCAGGGGCAAUAGGAAGCGAGCUGCAAACACUCCUGCAACAUCACGGUCUCAGCAAAUGGAUAACCGUGUCCGCGAAAAGCUUGAUGGGUGUGAAGGUCCUCUCUUUACCGCUCAGACUAUGUCUCGGCCUGAGCAUUUGUUGGCAUCAUACAAGGAACCUGAUGGUUCGGACACGGAGAGUGUUGCCAACGAAAAGAGGUGGCCUAAGGUUGUCCCUGGAUUGUUUUUUUACACUGAGCAGGCCCCCAAUGCCAAUGGAAAAGGAGGUGGAGACUUCCUGAAGGCUCCAACAAUUCACUUUUGGACUGGGUCGGAUGCAACGAACGACAUCUUGUCGAAAGAAUUGAAAAAGAGAGGGUUGAAACGAGAGUAUCAUGCAACGUACGAAGGGUUGAAGCAAGCGGUUUUUGGCCACGAAAGUAUCACGGAGGCACAGAGGAACAAGAUUCGUAAACGCACAUUGAAGAGUAAGGCAAAGAAUCAAAAGAAAGGAGACGAUUCUGAUGCUGAUGAAUAA